AUGUCUCAGCGUGCGGUCUACCCGUCCCCCUCUCCGCCACGUACACCUCCCUCCCAAACCUCCAAGUUUCGAUCCAAGCGUGCCUAUCCUGCCCGUCCGUCUAUCCGGGACACCUUCCCGGACGCCAGCACUCAGGGUAAUGCACCCAGGGCCAGCGAGUCGGGCGACGAGCGGGACCCGCAUGACUUGUCGUUGUCGCCCAAGCAUGCGGCCCGGACCUCCAUCGUCGAUAACAUGCUCUUGUCGCUAGACCAAUUUGAUGGACCGGGAUCAUCCUUCCUUGAUGACUAUCGACUCUUCAAUUCUGCCUUCGAACCCGACUCCCAAGGUCGAUAUCGUGGUCACACCUUUUCCUCCUCAAUGUCGUCCGACGCAGACUUGGCCCACGACGAUGCCAGUAGCAGCCGUUAUGCCACAGUGACCGCCGGUGGUCGGCGGAGCAACAACAGUUCCAUUCAUCAGACCGUGCCCAAAAGAAUGGGCAGCGCCCGUGGGCCCGAGUCCAUGGGCUCUAGAGGCGGCAUGAGUUCUCGAGUCAAUGAUGUGCGGCAGGGCAGCAAGGGUAGCUUUCACUCCAAUGGCGAUUAUUCAUAUCCUGUGCACAGGAGUCGUGCAGACUCGGAUGGCCCAUACCGACGCUCAGAAAGUUUUGACUGUGGACCGAAGAAGGCUUACAACCAAUUCGCCGAUCACGGUUCGGCCCAGGAUUCACUGUUGUACGACGAUGACGCUGCGCCCACCCCGAGCAUUCCCGCUGGUCCUCGCAAACACUAUGACUACAAGAUCCCGAGUACCAGUACAUCUCGGACCCCGGGAACAUCACGACGCAACAGCAUCAAAUCCUCCAGUGCUGCACCAGCUCGGCGCAAUCGCACUGAAAACAUCGGGACAGGCUCCCUGAAGCUGAAAGACCACGACUUCUUCGGUGAUCCAGAUUUGGACCCUCUCUCGAGCCCCCCAGCGGUUUUGGAUCCCCCAGCUCCCAGCCCAACUAUCUCUUACAAUAAGCCGGCAUACCCUCCCUCAGAGGCCAUCAAUCCAAGCACGAUACCAGCGUUGCCGCCAACCCAGCAAAGCCCGAUCGUUCAGAAAGAAAGACCAGGAUUCUUCCGUCGAGUCUUUGGGUCGUCGUCGAAAGCAUUCUCACCCGCAGAAGGGCCCGUCUCCACAACGAGCGAUCUGGCGCUCCGAACUGAUGGCGAGGGUAGAAAUCCCUCAGCCGCGACUGGGUCAUCCAGGGCUUGGGGCUCCCAACAGACGCGUCCCUCACAGCAGCAGCAGCCGCCGCCACCUCCCAAAAGCGCUGUCGCAACCACUUCCACGGCGGGUGCUCGUAAAAAUCCUCCACAAGUAGUCAGACAAAAGUCCUCUUUCUUUCGCCGGCGAAAGAAGUCGGUUGCUGAAAAUGUGCCUCCGCCAAUCAAGCUGCCUCAAGAGCUCUCCCCUAACACCCUGGAUAUGACGGGCCCUCAAGCAAGUCCCGUGAGUAGCUUGCGCCAGAUGAUGCACCAGUAUCUGGAUGAACCCGGUGCUUCAGCAGACACAGAUCGCAAAGGAUACUCUCACAAUGCUGAGAAUCAGCGCGUGGAGUCCGUCCCACUCGAAGCGAAGAGGCCCCCAGGAAUCGUCGCGGCCUCCGGCAGUAGCUCGAAGCCCAACCUCAAAAUCGAGCCCCAAAGCUCUUCUCAGGGUCCGGACUCGCGCGUGUCGACAGCGACUGGUGCCGGCGCAAGUAGCGACUCUCAAAAUGCAAGUGAUGUGGAGUCCUUCUGCUCCACGGAUUCCCCCUUGCAGGAGAAGAACUCUAAUGCCAACCCCUCGAACACGCUGUCCCCCGUCGCAGAGCAUCCCUCUCGCACCAUUCGUGUCUCAACCACAAUGGCGCCACCAGCUGCUCCUCAUCAGAACAUGGCGGCGAGCAGUGGGAGAUUGUUCUUGCCUGGAGACGUCACUAUUCCCCAGUCACCGGCGGCCUCAGACGUGUCGCAGUAUCUCACUGCAUCGAACACGCCCGUCAUUGAGUCUGAGGAACCUCAGAUCGUUGUGAAUGGUGACGAGUCAAAUUCCAAGGAGGAUAUGACCAACGGGCCUGGCGAUGCUCUGGAAGAUGGGCCUACAGCGCAAGACCGCGAGCAAGCCCAGAAGUUGUUUGAGAGUCAAGAGCAAAUGGUCGGCAAUGUACCAGCGGCUGCUUGGCUUGGAGAUCCUGAUCGAGCAUUGGUCCGAGAGGCAUACAUGCGACUCUUCAACUGGUCAAAUAUGAAUAUUCUGGCUGCGCUCCGAAGCCUGUGCCAACGCCUUAUCUUGAAGGGAGAGACGCAGCAAGUCGACAGAGUGUUGGACGCAUUCUCCUGCCGAUGGUGUGACUGCAACCCGAGCCACGGUUUCAAAGCUACUGAUGUGGUUCACACUAUUUGCUAUUCACUUCUACUGCUCAACACUGAUCUCCACCUGGCGGAUAUCGAGCAAAAGAUGACCAAGACGCAGUUUGUUCGUAACACGAUGCCCACGAUUCAUCGUGUGGCCAUCGAUGCGGCACCCGAGAGCUUCGAAACACUACGACCUCAGAAGGCCAGGAGCACCCCUACUGCUGAGUCGCUUCAUUCAGGGACCGGCCCAAGUCGCUUAUCCAAUAUCCCUGCAGACUCGAAUCAUGAAUCUUCGAGUGAUUACAGCCGUCGUAGUGCACCCGAGGCCGACGCGGGUCCCCUGGUCUGUUCUCCCUUCAAUGGGACCAUGAGAGCAUGGGAGCAGCAGGUCGAAAUGGUGUUGAAGGAUUUUUAUACUUCGAUCCAGCGUGAGAGACUGCCUCUUUUCGGCGCGCCGCGUGAAAGGGAGGUGACUCGGAUGGCGUCGAGUAACUUCUUGGCACCAUCGGCAGGCAAUCUUCGCCGUAGUCCAAGCACAAUCAGUAAGAGCGGCUCGGAUAUCUUCCCGCGUGGACGUUCUGCAGACUCACGCCACGGUGCCGCACGCUGGUCAUCCAAACCUCGCUCACGCGGAGCACGGCUCUAUCCAUCGUCCAUGAUGGGGUCUAGCCGAACCAGCUUGGACGACCAGUCCUCGGUUUGGAGUCCUGCCGCAUCCAGCACCUGGAGCAAAUAUUCGCUUGGAAAAUUCACCUCGGUGUCAGUGGAUUCAUUCGGCUCCGAAUACCCCCGAGGCGAGUAUCAGCAAUCCAUUGGGUUUGCCAACGCUUUGAGUCAGGCCAUCAUCCGAGAGGACUCUGCGACAUCGGUGUACAGCUAUGAGGAACCGUCGACUCCGCUCCUAGAAGAUGAGACCCUGGCGUUGGCGGGUGCUCCCUGGGCCAAGGAGGGUAGUGUUAAACACAAACACCAUCUGGACGCCGUUGAUAAACGUGCCAAGGAUCGGAACUGGAAUGAGUGCUUCGCCGUUAUCCAGCAGGGAUGGAUGCGACUUUUCUCCUUCAACAAUGCAUCCAAGACCAUGCGCCAAAGAGCCAAACAGCGCGGAGGUGUUGUGGUUGGUGGCGGCAACUGGACUGAAAAUGCCGAGGAGAUCUGGAAAUUCAUGCUUCGUCAGACUAUCGCGAGUGCGCUGCCAUCACCGGGAUACUCCAAGUCCCGUCCCCACGUGUGGGCUCUCAGUCUACCGACAGGCGCUGUCCAUCUCUUCCAGGUGGGUACGCCGGAGAUUGUCCGGGAAUUUGUCUCGACUGCGAACUACUGGAGUGCUCGACUUUCGAAACAGCCUCUGGUCGGUGGGAUCAGCAACAUCGAGUAUGGCUGGAGUGAUGCCGUCAUCAAUAGCGCUUUGAUCAACGGCGAGAGCCGCUCACCACCCACCUCGUCCGGCGCUGCACGCCAGAGUAUCCAGAGUUCCAUUCGAAGCUCUCUGGACCAUCAGGGAGUCGUGCGGCCCAAGCUUCCGGCUGACCGUGUGCACAUUAGCGACUGGAGUCCGCCGCAGCAAAGUAUGGUCGCCUCGCACCAGUCAGAAGAAGAGCAACUCAAAGCGCUGCAAACGUACGUUCAGAAUGUGGAGGAUGACCUUCAGCGUCACAACGAGCUUCGACCUGCCAUGAAUCUGGCGUUCUCACCACGGCAUCCAAACGCCACCAAGGCAAUGGCCAACUGGGAGCGCAAGUCCUCAUAUCUCCUGCGGGAGAUUGUCAAGUUCCGCACAUAUAUUGAUUCCCUUCGGAACGCCAUUGCGAAGAAGUCUGAGAUAUACUCCUCGACAAACAGUUAUUUCAACCCCGACCUUGACGGCACGGGUGCGGAUGCGGAUGCGGAUACCGAGGCGCAGCGAGACUCUGAUCAACCUCAUUAG